AAUUACUCUUGUUGGAUGUCAUACACAUCCAAAUAACGCAUACGAGGAAAUAAAGACAUUAGUGAAUAAUGUAUAUGCAGAUGUAAAAGCGAGAUUAAAGAAAAGGGACAGUCUUUCUUAUUUAUUUAAUUCAUUAUGUUGCUUGGGAAGUUUAUGUGUUGAUUCAAAUGAUCAUGAACCUAUAAUUAUGAUGGGUGAUUUCAAUGCUUCAGGUGCUUAUCUUAAUAAGAAAAAGCAAGCUGAACUUGACAAAAUAUUAAAUAAUAAUGAUCUGAUGUGGGGAAUUGAUCAUUUCAGCGAUACUACCGUCGCCUCAAAACGCAAUGCUUAUGAUCGAUUUAUAUUUGAAGUCAAAAAUAAGGAGAGAUGGAUUGUUAAAACCAGGAUAUUCGAAUUCGACAAAGGAUGGAAAAAUAAGAAAGCUUCUAUGCUUGUUUCGGAUCACUAUCCUAUUGAGAUUGAAUUGAA